AUGCUCCAGCUCCGGCUCCUGCUCCGCACCACCUCCCUCGCACUCACCCGCAUCCACGUCCCAAUCCUAACCCCAAUACCCAUUCACACCCCCGUCACCACCCUCACCCACACACCCACCCACAUCCAUAUCCCCACCACUACCCUUAUAGUUUUGCUCAACAUUCAGGCGCAUGAAACUUCCUCUCAAUGUUUACGCGGGUGCAGCUGUGUAGAAGACCGUCAUGGAAGGUCGCUCGUGUGUAUGGAGGAGAGCGCGUUUGGGGCCAUACCACAGAACCUUCCAGGUGAUAUGACCAAAAUACGCAUAGAGAAAUCUCACUUCACUGAAAUACCCAGAGGAGCGUUCUCACAAACGCCCGCCUUGGAGAACCUGUGGCUCAACUUCAAUGACAUCACAGUGAUAAACUCAAAGGGUCUGGAGGGUUUGGGGAACUUAACCGAGCUCCGUCUGCAGGGGAACAAGCUGCGUUCAGUACCAUGGACAGCGUUCGAGGACACGCCGGCCCUCAAGAUCCUGGACCUGAAGCACAACCAGCUGGACGUUCUGCCGGAGCAUGCGUUAAAAUUUUUGCCAGGUCUGACUUACUUAGACUUAUCCUUCAAUCGGCUUACGGUCAUAUCGAAGGAGGUCUUCCAAAACUGGCCUCUCUAUCAAAAACUGCAGAGCACGGAGGAGCGGGAGGCGACCGCUUUCGUGCCGAACGUCGUCCUGGCGCUCCACGACAACGCGUGGCUCUGCGACUGCCGCCUGAAGGGCUUCGUGGAGUUCAUCAGGUCCCUAAGCCCCCCGAUUAUACUGAUGAACUCCUACUUGACUUGCUCAGGGCCGGACUUUAGGUCGGGCAAGUUCUUCCACGAGGUCGAGCUGCAGGCGUGCAUGAGGCCCGUCGUCACCACCCCGUCCGCGAAUAUCAGCCUGGCGCAGGGCGCGAACCUCACCCUGCGCUGCCUCGCCAAGGCCAGGCCGGACCCUGCGGUGUGGUGGACAUAUGGCCUGAAGAUAAUCAGAGGAUUUCAGGAAUCUCAGGAAAGAGUGGACGAAGACACCAUCAGAUCCCUCCUGGUGAUCCCCUCCCUCCACGCAGCUGACCAAGGCGUCUACACCUGCACUGCGGUCAACUUCAUCGGAAACUCUUCUGUCCACAUCCUCCUGGAUGUCCGCUCUCCUGGCGGCUCCCAGUCAUCGCUCCUCCCAGCUCAGCCCGCUGCUGGUGAUGAAAACGUCUACAUUGACAUCCGCAUCGCCAAGCAGACAGUGCGCGGCAUCUCCAUUGAGUGGUACGCCGCCUUGGACCGCCCGGCCGAAACCUGGUUCACCGUCCACUUUGGCCGAGCAGACGCCGCUAAAAAAGAAAUGAUCUACAUCGGCCCUGGGAUUCACUCCUAUUCCGUUUCUGAUCUGAUGCCUGCUACCAAGUAUGAAAUCUGUGUAACUCUCAAGAACCAGGCACCCCGUGCUGGACAGUGCAUUGUGUUUGUAACAGGAAGCGACAUUACAGAGAUGGAACAGAGGGAGAAGCUGAUUCAUAUAGUGGUGAUAGUUUUAGCCAUGGUGCUGGCUGUGCCUAUAGGUAUGUACGCCUGCACCACUGACACCAAGUUUGCCUGCCUGGAGGGUAUCAUGCAGUUCUGGAAGAACCGGCGGAGAGAAAGCAGCCCGUCGGGGAUGGAGCGGGAGAGGCAAGGCACCUUCGACAGCCUGCAGGCCGCCAGUGACGAGGGCCUGGUUAAUAAAGAUUCCAGCGAAGACAGGAAGGACGAGGAGUUUGUUGCAAAGAUGUGAAUGGUGACCGUAAUGUCAAGAGUGUGAUUGAAGGAUUUGCACCACUGUAAAGAACGUGCUGCUGUUUGUUUCUGUCUGAAACAUGUUUGUCUUGUUGUCACGAUACGUCUAAAUGUCAGUUCUCACGCAUUUUAAAUCCCUACUUUAUAUGAAGCCUUUGUGAUUGAUUUAAAAGAAGGUGUGCUGCAACCACUGCUGAUGAGUGCACCUUUUAAAAGUCUUUCAGUAGCAGGU